AAAAACGAAAAAAACAAAGGAGGAAAGGUGAUAGAACACCAGACUUCCAUCUCAAAAUUCUCAAAUCCGAACCUUUCUCCCGACAUCGAAAGCUUCGGAUUUGGGACUUGUUUCGAUUCCUAGGAUUGAAGGAAUAGCGCGUUUGUACCAUUCGAAGAUCGAGUUAGGUUUUCCUGUGAUCGGGGCAUUUGAUCCUGUUGUUCAUUCAUUGUUUUCAGUGGUAUGCGAUUGUCUAUCAAUAUUUUAUUUGAUUCCUUGGAAAUGUGGUGGGGGUUUACAUCUGUGAUAUUGAGAUGUGAAAAGAUUUUAUAGUGAGUUACCACCUAUAUAUUGGUAAUGUCAUUAUCAAGUUGGCUAAAUUAUUAAGAUUUGGUUCAUCAUUUGAUUUGGACUACAUUUGGGCGGUAAGAAGCUGUCAUUUGUCUUGAGCUAAAUUUCUUGUUUCAGCCAUUAGAUGGUUUUCUUUUCAUAUCCGUGACCAAAAGGAUGGAUGAGGCCUGGGAAAUUGGAUUGUUGUUCCCUAGUUGGAAUAGCAAGAACCCAACUGAUCGUAUUUUUGUUAUUUCUUGCCUUAGUGCUGCCAUCAUUGGAAUUUUUACCGUAGCCCUUACAGCCUUUCUAUGGCAAAGAAAUAUCAAUUUGAGUUGGAUGAAAGCUAUAGCCAGGUCGAAGAGAGACCCAAAGAAAGCUAAUAAAGUUCCUGUAGCUGCACACUACUGGAUUCUUGAAUCUGUAUCUCGUGGAAAGAAUUUGAGUUGUUGUGCAUGCUUAAAGUUUGUGUCCCCUUCACAGACUCUUGGUCCUACGGCUGCUUCAGAUAGUUUUAUUCACCGUUGCAACAUUUGUGGUGCUGCAGCUCACCUAAACUGUUCUUCUAGUGCUCAAAAGGAUUGCAAGUGUGUAUCUAUGAUCGGCUUUGAGCAUGUGAUGCACCAAUGGGCUGUUAGGUGGACUGAGAUUACUGAUCAAUCUGAUGAAGCCUCUUUCUGCAGUUACUGUGAAGAACCAUGUAGUGGGUCUUUUCUUGGUGGUUCUCCAAUAUGGUGUUGCUUAUGGUGCCAACGUCUAGUGCAUGUCGAUUGCCAUAGUAGUAUGUGUAAUGAAACAGGUGAUAUUUGUGACUUAGGUUCAUUUAGAAGGUUGAUUCUGUCACCACUUUAUGUCAAGGAGUCGAUUAGGACGUCCUCUGGUGGAUUUUUGAGUUCCAUCACCCACGGAGCAAAUGAGAUUGCAUCCUCGGUGCGUGCAAGUAUAAGGAGUCAGGGGAAGAAGAACAAACAUGGACGUAAAUCAUCUGUUUAUACAGGAACAAGUGGUAGUACUUGUGGUCUGUCUACUGAAAGCACAGCUGAUUCUCAUCACACGGCUAAUGGUUAUAAUGGAACUGAAAGAAACUGUAAUGGUAGCAGAACUUCAGAGGUUCAGCAUCAAAAUGGUUAUAUAGAUGACAAAAAUGUUUCAAAUCCAAACAUAAAAAAAUAUUCUUCAUUCAAUCAGAAAGAUGUAUCCCAUAUAGUAGGAAUGAACCUGAGAUACGAGGUGAUUGAGUUUCCUCCAGAUUCACGUCCCUUGCUAGUACUUAUAAACAAGAAAAGUGGAGCCCGUCGUGGAGAUUCUCUCAAGCAACGGUUAAACAUUCUUUUGAAUCCUGUCCAGGUUUUUGAGUUGAGUUCUGAACAAGGGCCUGCAUCUGGUCUUUGUUUAUUCAGAAAGGUGCCACACUUCAAGGUUCUUGUAUGUGGGGGCGAUGGAACUGUUGGUUGGGUUCUAGAUUGUAUAGACAAACAAAAUUUUGUUUCACCUCCCCCAGUUGCUAUUCUUCCUGCUGGAACAGGAAAUGAUCUCGCUAGAGUACUAAACUGGGGUGGUGGUUUGGGCUCAGUGGAGAGACAGGGAGGUCUUUGUACGGUCUUGCAUCAUGUAGAAAAUGCUGCAGUGACCGUUCUUGACCGUUGGAAGGUGGCAAUAGUGGAUCAACAUGGACAGCAGCUCAAAGCUCCACAAUUUAUGAAUAAUUAUCUCGGAAUUGGAUGUGAUGCGAAGGUUGCCCUUGACAUACAUAAUUUGCGGGAGGAAAAUCCAGAAAAAUUUUAUAACCAGUUUAUGAACAAAGUUCUAUAUGCAAGAGAAGGAGCCAGGAGCAUAAUGGAUAGGUCAUUUGCAGAUAUUCCAUGGCAAGUUCGGGUGGAGGUGGAUGGUGUAGAGGUAGAGGUUCCUGAGGAUGCAGAAGGUGUGCUUGUUACGAACAUUGGAAGCUACAUGGGCGGUGUGGAUCUUUGGCAUAAUGAGGAUGAAACUUCUGAUAAUUUUGAUCCGCAGUCCAUGCAUGAUAAAGAACUGGAAGUUGUCAGCAUAUCUGGAACCUGGCACCUCGGAAAGCUACAGGUGGGUCUUUCACGAGCUAGAAGACUUGCACAGGGCAAGUCGAUUAGGAUACAAUUGUGUGCAGCAUUGCCUGUUCAAAUCGAUGGAGAGCCUUGGUUUCAGAACCCGUGUACUCUAGUCAUAUCCCACCAUGGACAGGCCUUCAUGUUGAAAAAGGCAAUAGAGGAGCCUCUAGGCCACGCAGCUGCAAUUAUGACUGAUGUUCUGGAGAGUGCUGAAUCUAAUAAUGUAAUUAAUACUUCACAAAAGCGAGUACUCCUCCAAGAAAUGGCAAUAAGGCUAACUUGAAAGUUUCUUUUUAGUCAUUCCUGUAAUGAUCAGGGCUUUGAGUACGAAUCAUAUAUUUUUAGCUUUUUAUGCCACCCUUCACAUCUCUCCAUAGAGGUAGAUGUAAGAUCUUGUGGCUAUUCUUUUGUUUUGUUCUGUUUUGUUUUGUUUUUCAAUUAUGUUUUCCCAUGAUGGGUAUUAGCUGAGGCAUGAUUGUAUAUCAACGAUAUCUGUUAUAUCAAUAUAUUGAUAUACAUAGAGUUUCCUUGCAUGCUCA